AUGCAACUCACUCGAGUGAUUUUGCCAGAUAAUUCCGUUGUUGAGACUUUCUCCCAGACCCAGCGCCAGCUUAUCGUCAAUCAAAAUCCGGCACCACUCUCUGCGAAUCAUGUUGUCGGCUCGACAGGACAACCAUUCGUCCAGCUACAGCAAAACUCGAUGACAAUUGCCACGAAUGGAGCAAUCGAUCUCGUCGGUGCGCAAAUCGAACUUCCUAUGGACCCAACUAUGCUUCAACAGGCAGGCAACAUCACACCCGACAACACAUUCGUGGCGAAACUUUCACCCGAUAAACAAGCAUGGAUGGUCAUGGAGGGUAUCAAGAGUGUCAACACAACCGACAACACAGUCCGCAUCGUCAAGAUGACAAACAUCGAUGGAGAAUACAUGGCAAUUGGACGUAUGACAGUCGAGACAAGCAACGUGUUGAGUCCGUUCGGCCAAAAUGUGAACGUUACUGGAUCUGGAAUUCAAGAGAUAGAGUUCAAUGAUGGGUUCCGCAUGUCGAUCAAGGCGACUCAGCAGAUGUCUGUCAGCACAAACGUGAUCAACGGUGUCAGUACAUCGAUGACUUCUCAAGUUGGCACACCUAUCAAUAACUAUCGCUACCUCGUCACCACAAAUCUGGGCGGAGUUCAGCCAAACCUCAACCAGGUGCAAGCCGUCGUGCAACUUCCUCUCAACACCGACCGCGUGAUGCAAAUGGCCACCGCCAUGGGUGUAGAAGCAAACGGUGCAAUCACUCUCGGAGUCGCCCAACGAUCCAUUCUCCUAAACCCAGGCGGAGCAACCAACCUCCAACCCAACAAAGUGAAGAGACAAGAUCAAACUCCCACGCAAAACAACCCCGUUGCAACUCAAUUACUCCUCUCACCAACAUUCACACCCAUCGCCGCAAGAGCCGCCAUCGACCAAGUCAACGGCCGCAUCGCCAUCCCGAUAAACAACAUCAACGGCGAAUUCAUUGUGACUAUGACAAAGGCGACUGGACAAACAGCCCCACAACCAGCUGUAGCAGCCGAGCCUGGAAUCAACGGUACCACGACAACUGGAGAAGUUGGAGGAGCUGGAGUUGCUGAGCCUGCUGGAAGUGUCACGAUGAGCAUGAGUGAGCUGAGAUCGAUGAUGGAGAGACAGGCGAAUGGAGGGGUUUUCUUGGCUGAAGCCAUGUUUUCGGGAGGCAGUUCGCAAGGAACUGCUGCUGCUGCGUCCGGGAUAAAGAUUUCCACGAGACGGAAUAAAGUUCAGGGUCCUACCAAGCCGCUUCCGUUUGUUGGUUGA